UGCAGCGGCGGUUGGGGUGAGUGUGCUCACCCCACCCCUCCCCUUCUCCGGUCCCGGCCCCCACCCUGCCGGGCCCAGCCCCGGUCCCAGUCCCGGUCCCGGCCGGUCCCGAGCCGGCCCGUGCCGCCCCUCCGCCGGCGACGCCCCGGGCCGCCCGCCACCAUGGAGCUGGAGGACGGUGUGGUGUACCAGGAGGAGCCCGGCGGCUCCGGGGCCGUGAUGUCGGAGCGGGUGUCCGGCCUGGCCGGCUCCAUCUACCGCGAGUUCGAGCGGCUCAUCGGGCGCUACGACGAGGAGGUGGUCAAGGAGCUGAUGCCACUCGUGGUGGCGGUGCUGGAGAACCUGGACUCGGUGUUCGCGCAGGACCAGGAGCACCAGGUGGAGCUCGAGCUGCUGCGGGACGACAACGAGCAGCUCAUCACCCAGUACGAGCGGGAGAAGGCGCUGCGCAAGCACGCCGAGGAGAAAUUCAUUGAAUUUGAAGAUUCUCAAGAACAGGAAAAAAAGGAUUUACAGACCCGAGUGGAAUCUCUAGAAUCUCAAACAAGACAACUUGAACUCAAAGCAAAAAACUAUGCUGACCAGAUUAGCAGACUUGAAGAGAGAGAAGCAGAACUGAAGAAGGAAUAUAACGCGCUGCAUCAGAGACACACGGAGAUGAUCCAUAAUUAUAUGGAACAUUUAGAAAGAACAAAACUUCAUCAGCUCUCAGGGAGUGAUCAACUAGAAGCCACAGCUCACAGCAGGAUUAGAAAGGAACGCCCUAUAUCACUGGGGAUUUUCCCAUUACCUCCUGGAGAUGGGCUGCUUACUCCGGACACUCAAAAAGGCGGUGAGACCCCAGGAUCAGAGCAGUGGAAGUUCCAGGAGCUGAGUCAGCCCCGCUCGCACACCAGCCUGAAGGAUGAGCUUUCUGAUGUCAGCCAAGGUGGGUCUAAAGCUACUACUCCCGCAUCAACAGCUAACUCAGAAGUGGCAGCCAUCCCCUCCGACACCCCACUGAAGGAGGAGCGUGAAGGCCUAGUAGGGGGCGCAGACACGCCAGCGAAGUUAGAGCUAAGCAAGCACAUUGAAGUGCAGGUCGCCCAGGAGACAAGGAAUGUGUCCACAGGCUCAGCUGAAAAUGAAGACAAGUCGGAAGUUCAGGCAAUCAUCGAAUCCACUCCUGAGUUGGACAUGGACAAAGAUCUCAGUGGAUAUAAAGGGUCAAGCACUCCCACCAAAGGCAUAGAGAACAGAGCUUUCGACCGCAACACAGAGUCCCUCUUUGAAGAACUCUCUUCCGCCGGCUCCGGCCUCAUUGGAGACGUGGAUGAAGGCGCGGACUUACUAGGAAUGGGUCGUGAAGUUGAGAAUCUUAUACUAGAAAAUACACAACUUUUGGAAACCAAGAACGCUUUGAACGUGGUGAAGAACGACUUGAUAGCUAGGGUGGAUGAGCUGACAUGCGAAAAGGACGUGCUGCAGGGGGAGCUGGAGGCCGUGAAGCAAGCCAAGCUGAAGCUGGAGGAGAAGAACAGGGAGCUGGAGGAGGAGCUCAGGAAGGCUCGGGCCGAAGCUGAAGAUGCACGGCAGAAAGCCAAGGAUGAGGAUGACAGUGAUAUCCCCACGGCCCAGAGGAAGCGGUUCACAAGAGUGGAGAUGGCCCGCGUUCUCAUGGAGAGAAACCAGUAUAAAGAGAGACUGAUGGAGCUGCAGGAAGCUGUCCGAUGGACGGAGAUGAUUCGGGCAUCACGAGAGAACCCAGCCAUGCAGGAAAAAAAAAGGUCAAGCAUCUGGCAGUUUGUGCCAGCGCGCUUCAGCCGACUCUUCAGCUCCUCAAGUAACACGACCAAGAAGCCCGAGCCACCCGUCAAUCUGAAGUACAAUGCGCCCACCUCGCAUGUGACCCCCUCCGUCAAGAAAAGAAGCAGCACCUUAUCACAGCUCCCUGGGGACAAGUCCAAAGCCUUUGACUUCCUUAGUGAAGAAACUGAAGCUAGUUUAGCCUCACGCAGAGAGCAGAAGAGGGAGCAGUACCGGCAGGUGAAGGCGCAUGUGCAGAAGGAGGAUGGCCGCGUGCAAGCAUUCGGCUGGAGCCUGCCGCAGAAAUACAAGCAGGUGACCAAUGGCCAAGGGGAAAAUAAGAUGAAAAAUUUACCUGUGCCUGUCUAUCUCCGGCCUCUUGAUGAAAAAGAUGCAUCCAUGAAGAAGCUAUGGUGUGCUGUUGGAGUUAACCUGUCUGGUGGGAAGACCAGGGAUGGCGGGUCCGUGGUUGGAGCAAGCGUGUUUUACAAGGACAUUGCUGGUUUGGAUGCGGAAGGCAGUAAACAACGGAGCGCGUCCCAGAGCAGCUUGGAUAAGCUGGAUCAGGAGCUGAAGGAACAGCAGAAGGAGUUAAAAAUUCAUGAAGAAUUGUCCAGUCAGGUGUGGAUUUGCACCAGCACUCACUCGGCAACAAAAGUGAUCAUCAUCGAUGCCAUCCAGCCUGGCAACAUCCUCGAGAGCUUCACCGUGUGCAACUCGCACGUCCUGUGCAUCGCCAGCGUGCCAGGAGCCCGGGAAACAGAUUACCCUGCAGGAGAGGAACUUUCAGAGUCUGGGCAAGUGGACAAGGCAUCCUUGUGUGGAAGUGUAACGAGCAACAGCUCAGCAGAGACAGACAGCCUGCUGGGGGGCAUCACGGUGGUCGGCUGCUCCACAGAAGGGGCACCAGGAGCUGCCCCAUCCCCCAGUACCAAUGGUGCUUCUCCGGUGACAGACAAGCCCUCAGACAUGGAAGUGGAGCAGAGUGAGGUUGACGAAAGUGUUCCAACUGCCGAGGAAGCAACGGAAGCCACCGAAGGCAACGCAGGGUCUGCAGAUGAUGCUGUAGAUGUCUCCCAGCCUGGUGUGUACACCGAGCACGUCUUCACUGACCCACUGGGGGUUCAGAUCCCCGAAGACCUGUCCCCGGUCUGUCAGUCGAGUAAUGAUGCAGAUACGUAUCAAGAUCCGAUGUCAUCAGUGUUGCCGAGUGAACAGGACCUGGCGAGAGAGGAAGCCCAGAAGAUGAGCAGUCUCCUGCCGACCAUGUGGCUGGGUGCCCAGAACGGCUGCCUGUACGUGCACUCAUCGGUGGCCCAUUGGAGGAAGUGUCUCCAUUCCAUCAAACUCAAGGACUCCAUCCUCAGCAUUGUGCAUGUGAAAGGGAUCGUGUUAGUGGCUCUGGCUGAUGGCACCCUUGCGAUCUUCCACAGAGGAGUUGAUGGCCAGUGGGACCUGUCCAACUAUCACCUCCUAGACCUGGGGCGGCCUCACCACUCCAUCCGCUGCAUGACUGUGGUGCAUGACAAAGUGUGGUGCGGCUACAGGAACAAGAUCUACGUGGUUCAGCCCAAAGCCAUGAAGAUCGAGAAAUCCUUCGAUGCACACCCCCGGAAGGAGAGCCAGGUGCGGCAGCUGGCCUGGGUGGGCGAUGGCGUAUGGGUCUCCAUCCGCCUGGACUCCACGCUCCGUCUCUACCAUGCGCACACUCACCAGCAUCUGCAGGAUGUGGACAUCGAGCCUUACGUCAGCAAAAUGUUGGGUACCGGGAAACUGGGCUUCUCCUUUGUGAGGAUCACAGCUCUCAUGGUGUCCUGCAAUCGUCUGUGGGUGGGGACAGGAAAUGGUGUCAUUAUCUCCAUCCCACUGACAGAAACCGUAAUCCUCCACCAGGGACGUUUACUGGGGCUGAGGGCAAAUAAAACCUCAGGAGCACCAGGAAAUCGUCCUGGGAGUGUCAUUCGAGUAUAUGGUGAUGAAAACAGCGAUAAAGUGACUCCAGGGACGUUCAUCCCAUACUGCUCCAUGGCGCAUGCGCAGCUCUGCUUCCACGGGCACCGGGACGCGGUGAAAUUCUUUGUAGCUGUCCCAGGUCAAGUCAUUAGCCCACAAAGUGGCAGUGGUGGCACAGACCUAGCAGCUGACAAGGUGGGGCCCUCUGCGCAGGCGUCUGGCAGCCAGGUGCCCUUGAAGUCCAUGCUGGUCAUCAGCGGGGGAGAGGGCUACAUCGACUUCCGGAUGGGUGAUGAAGGUGGCGAAUCAGAACUCCUUGGCGAGGACCUUCCCCUGGAACCUUCUGUCACCAAAGCCGAAAGGAGCCACCUGAUCGUGUGGCAAGUGACAUAUGGCAGUGAGUGAGCCCGCGGGAGCAGCCAGAGAUGGGCGCUGUCUUCUGCAUGGUUUAUUUCACCUUCCCUUUAUUUAAUGCUCUCUUGUGAAAUGUUUCACCACAUAUGACGUGAGCAUUUUUCCUGAUAACUUUCUAUUACAAAACCUGUCCUGCCCUCCCAGUAAGGGGCCAGCUGUCUUACGCACCAGUGUUACAGGCAGAUUCAGUAUAUUAUGAACAGACCGGAGUGUGGACAGUCUGCAAACCGGGGAAUUACAGAAAGCAAUCCAGGUGUGGCUCACUUGGCCACGUCUGUCACUUGCUUCCUUUGAUGGGGUCACUUUUUAGCUGUCACUAAUAAUGGAAUUAAUGGGAAAUACUUGAUAAACGAAGUACAAUAGCAGGUGUCCCCAGUGUAUUAUAAAAUUGACACACACUAAUAGCAGGUGGAGCAUCAGGAUUCAUCUAACUGUCCCGAGAGGCUAAAAGCUAACUGUAAAUUAACCUUCAUUUUCAAAUCUGACAAAUCUUGUUUAUAUGCUAUAUAAAGCUUCGUUUUCAUCAGAUUUUGGGGGGUUUUAUAUUAAAGAAAUUAAGACUACACUAUUUAAAUAAAAAUUUCCUCUUUCUUUUUAUUAGAGCUCUAAAGUUUAUGAGGCCUGCUUCUCUAAAUAUUCUGAUUUUUUUUUAACUAGUUGCACUCAUUCCAUACUGACAGUCUGAGAGGUUUAUUAUGUAUAAAGCUUAGAAGUUUUCUGGAGAAACUUAGAAGACACUUCAGCAUUGGAAGGAGGUUUUUUUUAAAUGAAUUGUGUUUUGUAUACCUGGUGCCAGAGGACGCAGUGGUUGGUUCACUCUCGGUCCGGUCCCGUGUCAGGCACUCACUUGUUUGCCCCGUGUCCCCAGGCUGCACACAGCUGCUGGUGGCAGUGACAGCGCAGUGGCUGGCGGUGUCGUCCGCUCUGACUGACUGAGGAGGGCAGGAAAGUUGCUUGCUUUUGUUUUGUGUAAAGUGAAUCCUCCUCCGCUCACAUUCACUCCUUUGAAUGUAAAUCACACACAUGAGGUUCGCAUUCUUUUAUGUUUAAAAUGCCACCAAAGGGAAAACUGAAGGAGACAACAAAGCCAGGAGGCUGCUGGGAUUGGGAUUCGUCUUUUUACAGUGUCCUCUUCAAACAGAUCGGAGUCCGGUUUAACUGAUCUUCUUGUUCAAUAUGUUUUUAAAAACCAUGAUGCUGUAGUUUUAACCCCUCAAGCUUCCUGAAAAAGGGGGAAGAAACAAUUG